AUGCAGAAACAGCAGCAGCCGGCAGCACUGCCGCCGGACCCGGCGCUGCUGCAGGCGCAUGCCGAAGCACGCGCCGCGUUGACGCCGCUCUUUGAGACGAUCCAGCAGGAGCAGGCGCGGCGGCAGCGGCGCUGGAACGAUGAGCGCCCGAUGCUCGAGUCGUACAUAGCGGCCCUGUCCAGCACCCGCGAGAUCAUCACUGCCGAGCAGAAGCGCCUGGUCAAACAGAUCUCGGAAGCCUCAGAGGCGCUCGCGCGGAAGGCCGCCGCGAUCUCCGCCUCCGCGUCUGCCGCCGCCGCGGCCGCGUCCCCCGCCGCCCUGGGUGCGCCGCCCGCGGCCCCCGGGGCGGCGCUGGGCGCGAAGGACAGCCUGGGCCUGGCGGCACAGCUGGCAGAGCUGCAGACGAAAAUGCGGGAGCUGGACUCGGAGGUCGAGGCUGUGCGGCCGCUGCUGGCGGCGGGGGCGGGCGGCAGGGCGGACGAGCGGGUGCUCCAUGAGACCAAGCUCGUGGUACUGCAGGACACCAGGCGGCUUCUGCAGGAGGAGGCGGCGAACCUGCACGCAGAGCUGCAGCGGCGCGACGCGGCGGCGCGCUACUGCGCGGAGAGCGCGCGCGCCGAGGACCUGGUGUCGACCAGCGACCUGGGGCGGCUGCAGGAGCAGCUGGCGGCGACGGAGGCGAAGCUGGACCGUGCCAAGCAGGUCUGGGGGGCGGCGGGGCUGUUCUACUUCCCCGAAACCGAGGGCUUCCGCUUCCGGGGCGGCGGCGGGGGCGUAUUCUUUGCGGCUAAGGACCUGCACGUGGCAGAGAUCAGCGCGGCCGUCAGCGUCAGCCUCACCAAGGCGGCCGGUGCGCGCGGCGGCGCGCCGGUGGCGAGGCUUUGCAUCAGCCUGAGCGGCGCGUCCGGCGGGGAGCAGGCGAGGCAGCCGCCCGGCGCCACCCGCGCCUCCGUCGGCGCCGCUGUUUCAGCGGCUGAGGCCGCGCGCGCCGCCGCGGCGGAGCGCGCCGACGCGGCGCAGCGGGACGCCUUCCGCGCGGCCCGGCAGGCGUCCAACGCGUCGUCAGCAUCCGGGUUGUCUGCCGCGGCCGCGCCCUCUGGCAGCUCUCCUGCGUCCGGCGCGGCAGCGCUUCGGGGCGGCGGCGGUGGCGGCGGUUGGCAUGAUGACCUGUCGGGCAUCAACGGCGGCGGCAAGGGGCGAGGGGUGGCGAAGUUCCUGGACAAUCUGUCUACGAGGACGGAGCAGCUGAAGGGGCGGAUUUCGGCCGCUGCGGCGGCGGGCGGCGCCCAUGGGGACGCUGCGGCGCUGGGUCACGAGGUGGCGGAACACAUGCGCAGCGGCCUCAACAAGGUGGCAACCGCUUUCAAAGAGAAGGCGCGCGCGCUGCCCACGGGAGACGACGGCCCGGGCGGCUGGGCGGGAGGCGGCGACAGCGGCAGCGGCAGCAGCGCGAACGGCACGGCGCGCACCGGGAGCGGCGGCGGCGGCGGCCUGGGCGUGGGUGGCGCACCAGGCGCGGGAGCCGCUGGGGCCGGUGGCGGCGGGGGCUUGCCCGUGGCGUGGCGGCCGCCGCAGGGCGCUGCAGGCCAGCCGCACGGCCAUUCGCCGGAGCGGCAUCAGGGUGACACCUCGGCGGCCGAGAUCAAGCAGAGGCUCAGCAGCGGCGUGGAGAGCGCAAAGGCCAGGUUUGGGGGCCUGGGGCGCAACCUGCGGGACCGCCUGGAUAAGAUCGAUGCCAAGGUCGCAGACUCCAAGGCGCUCGCGGAGGCCAAGAGCCGCCUGUCUGGCGGCGCCGCCAACUUCAAGCGCCACCUCAACGCCGCCGUCGACCGCCUGAGCUCGGACAGCGGCCCCGCCUCACCGGGCUGGGGGGUGCCGGCCCAGGGGCCGCUGGCGGCCGGCCUGGCCGCGUCCCCUCCAGUGCACCCGCGGCCGGGCGCGCCUGCACACGCUGCGCCGGCGGUCGCAGGCGGGCUGUCGACGCCGGCGUCGCCGGCCGGGCCGCCUCACGCGGGGGCGCUUACCCAGCAGCUGCAUCCUGGCGGCGCCCUGCCAGCCGCGGACGGCAGUGAAUCGGGCCACCCUGAUACAACCAGGUCUGGAUUGCAGCCGGGGAUUGGGCGGCAGCCGCAGAGCCAGCUGAUUCAGGAGGGGGACACCAGUUCUUUGACCCCUGGUGGGGAGGAGGAGCAGCGGCGGGAGGUGCUCUUGCGGCAUGCUGCUGGACGGCAGCAGCAGGAGCAGGAAGACGAGGAGAGGGGAUACCAGCAGCAGCAGCAGCAGCAGCAGCAGGACGGGCGGGACGAGCAGGAGGAGGAGGAGGAGCAGACACAGGACAGUGAGCAGCCCAGCGAGCCUGGCGCCGCCUUCACGUACACAGACGGGGCCUCGGAUGUUGCAUCCCCUCACGCCCCUGCUCGGGGCGCGGCGAUCGGCCCCCACGGCGCAGCCACAUCAGUGGGCAACGCCUCAGGCGCCAGCGCUGGCGGCAGCCUCUUCUCCGCCGAUGUAAGCCUCGCGGCCGCCGGCGCGGCUGCUGGGGGCGCCGCGGCGGGCCCGGGGCCCCCUGCCGGCGGCAGCGGCGUGCUUGGGCACGACGGCGGUCCGCGGGGCCCCGCGCGCCGGGGGCUGUACGUGACACUCCUGGGGGAGUCUGUCGAGGUCCUGGGGGAGAAGGGCACCAAGGUCCCGAACAUCUCCAUGCGCGAGAUAGCCCUGGAGGUGGAGGCGGUGUUCAGCGCAACUUUUGAGUACGACGCACUCCUGGGCUGGCAGGCCCCGGAGCGGCUGUCCUUUGAGGUGCUGAGCCUGGAGCGCCGCGUGGAGGGCUCCAACCUGCCGCUGCCCAAGACCCUCAUAAAGAGCCUACUCAACAUGGCCCUGCCCCCGGUGUUCACGCGCCUGCUCCUCAGCAGCCUGCCCCACGAGCUGGGGAAGUACGUUGUGGACAGCGGGGAGGGCGUCGGCCUCACAGGGGAGAUACGCAUAGCAGCCUGGCAGCCCGCCGUCGCCGCCGCCGCCGCUGCCCUCUCGUCCGCCGCCUCCCCCGGCCCCCCCCCGCCGCAGCCGGCCCAGCCGCCGGACUUUUCGGCCCUCAUGCAGGGCGCCGUCGCGGCGCUCGCGCGCAAGCCGGUGCGGGUGUCUUUUGAGGUGUCCAAGGUUGAGGUGGGGGUGGAGGCCGGCGCGGCGCUGUCGGCGCUAAGGGACUACUUUGAGCGGCUGGCACGGGAGUUUGCAAAGAACGCCAAAGGGGAGGACGCGCGCCUGCUGCUGCAGCGCCCUCUGGCCGCGCAGCUCGAGGGCCUCGACCUGUGGCACACCGGCCUGCAGGCGUCGCUGCGCAAGUUUGCGUCGCGCUUCGCGAGCGCGGGGUGCGCGAUGGCGGCGGGCGCAGACCGGCGGCAGUUCAGGGUGGCGGUGGAGGGGCUGCAUUACGAGGGGCCGGUCAGGCUGGAGGUGCCGUUUGACGCGCUGAUGUCACCAGAUCACGCGUUCCUCUUCAGCAUCAAGCUGCCCGACCCCCAGCACGCCGCCACCAACCUCGGCGCGCGCAUACGAUAUGUGAUGGAUCAGCUGUCGGCGGCCGCGUUUGGGCUCGGCGCAACGGGGCAGGCCGCCGGUGACGAGGGCAGCCAGGAUGACCCGAGGCUGUCUGAUCUGCUGCUAAGGGAUGACCUGCCCCCGGAGCUGCAGCAGGGCCUCCACAAAUGGAACAGCACGGGCAGCAGGGCAGCCUCCGCAGAGGGCGCCACAAGCAGCGGCAACGGCGGCGGCGACGGCGGCGGCGGCGGCAGCCCGGUGCGCCGCGUCGCGCUGAUGCGCUCCGCGGGCGGGUCGGGGUCGGGGCCGCUGCCUCCUCAUGGGUCCCCUCCGCGGCCCCAGCAGCUGCAGCACAAAGGGCACGGCAGCAGCGGCCUGGGGCGCAGCGUGAGCGUGGGCAGCAGCGACGCGGCGGCGGCGCGGGCUGCGGCGACGCCCGCGCAGCCGCUGCUUACGACGCCGACAGUCGGGCACGUUGCGCUGAGGCGGCUGUCGGUGGGGCUGAAACUGGAUGAGAAGCGAGUGGCAGAGCUGCUGCGGGGCAAUGUGCAGGCGGGCGACUCGGCCGUCGUGGGCGCCCUGCUGGGCUGCUUCGGGGAUCUGUUCAGAGCGGAGUUUGCCCCCAGAUGGCCGAGCGACGCCGAGCUUGCGGCCGCCGCUUCCGCCGCCGCGUCGCAGCAACAGCCAGCGCCGCCGCCGCCGCCGGUCCGCGGCGCCGUCACCGUCGCGAGCAACGACGUCACGCGCGCGCGGCUCGACCUGGAGUGCGCCGCGCUCGAGUCCGCGCUCGCGCCGCGCGCGGCGACGCGGCUGCUGCACGCGUUCUGCGUCGCGGUUGCUCACAAGUUCUGGGGCUCCACAGGAAAGCGGCUGGCGAAGCUGGAGGCGCUGUUCUUCCAUUUGGAGCAGUACCUUGGAAAAGACGCUUUGGAUCUUUCGGUCUCCUUAUCUGCGCGCGCCGAAGCCGCGGAGGGGGACAAGCUGAAGCUGCAAGUGUCGGGCCUGCCCAGCGGCGGCGGCGGCGACGGCAGCAGGGGGCGGGAAGAGAAGGCGUCGGGCGGCGGAGGGGCGACGGCAGCGGCGGCGGCGGCGGUGCGCCUGGUCAACGACGUUGACCUGAUGACUGUGCUGGACACUGUGCAGCUGCUCGCAUCUGCCGGCUGA